AUGAAUGUCCCAGUGAUUAUUGUUCUGAAGGGCGUCAAGCCAACUGCCGAGAAAAGACUUCACGGCGACGAUCUGGAGUUCAACAGGUUUCAUAGGGCGCUGAGGCUUCUAAUGGACUCCCCUCUCAACAAAUCAAAAAAGAUGAAGAUCUAUAUCCACACAGCCAGGAACGCACUUGUAGAGCUGAGCUAUCUUCUUGAGGUUCCCGAGAACCCUGCCGAUCUCAGCGACGCUAUGUCUUAUUUGUUGAAGAGGAUGGUUAUCAAGUCGUCCGAUGGAACCAUGCUGGGAAAGGUGGUGAAGAAUCCAGUGACAAACCACCUGCCUCCAAACUCCACGAAGAUUAGGCUUUCUCCCAGAGGCUGCAAAAUGUCCUCCAAGGAUUUGGAGUCGUCUUUGGAGAGAGGAUUCGUUUUCUUCAUCGACGUCGGGAGGGAGGAGGAGAGGGAAGAAGCAGAAUUCGACAUGAAGUUGUCGGAUUUCAAGCUUUCUCCUGAGAGCUGUUGCGCCAAAAUAACAAAUAUGUUUGAGGAACUACUGCAGAUCUUCUGA